ACGGGAGCCAGACGCCCGAUUACUUGCGCGACGGAGGGAGGUCGAAGAGGCGGAGCGAGGCGCUGGCUUCGACUCCGCCGGUGUCGCCAAUGGAUGAGGAGGGUGUGCGGUCGCGUUUUACCGAGUACUUGAACGGCCACGACGGAGGCCAUACGUCAUGUGACUCAGAACGUGUGCACAGCGAGGACCCAAUGGGCGGAAGUCACGAAGCACAAUUCAGCGAUGUGAGUCUGAGCGACGAAAAAGCGCAUGAAUUCGCUACAGCGCACAACAUACAUAUCCAUAGCUCAGAGGCUGCGGCUCCCCUCCAGCCACCACCUCCACCCGCGCCUCACGCAAACACUACUCGAGCGCAACACCCUCUUUCCUCUUACGAGCCUUUGCCACACGAAGAACGUACACCACGUACCUCUUUAGUUCGAAGGGCCUUUUCCUUUGUCGGCGGGACUAAACGCAGGACAGCGAAGUACAUCAUAAUAUCAGUUCUCCUCCUUUUCAUCGCCGCAUUCCUCAUCUAUGUGUUCUUCUCCAAAGUCCUGCCCGCUUACAGCAAGUUGCGGGAUCUGAAGGAUAGGCUAGCCGUCCUCGACGCCUUUCACGAUACUGUCGCUGCGAAGCUAGGAGUCUGGCUACACGAUGGCAGAGAGCUAGUUGAUAAUGUGAAAGACAUGGUUGGUGAUGGGGUAGACAAGGUCGUCGAUGCGGCGAACAAUGUGCUGGGGAAGGUGAGAGUGAGCGUUUCGCAUGUAAAUCUCGAACGUUGAGACCAGACCAUGAAUGCGAUGGCUGUUAUUGGGCCCCAGCGUACUGCAACUACAGGUGCAAUUUU